AUGUCUCACAAGUCGCAAAGAAAAGAACGUCAGAGGCAACAAAAGAUGCAGUUGCAGGAGCAUCAGCCACAGCAGCGAGCACAACGCAGGCAGCGAGAACAACGAGAACAACGACAAUGGGCAGAACGGCGAGAACAAAAACGACAGCUGCGGCAUGAACGUGAAAAACGAAGGAUGCUCCAGAGAAGUUACAAGAACAAAGCAAGUCAAACUGACUGUGUACAACCGCUGGUCCGCACAGAGCCUCAAGUAGAGCACAUCCAAGAGCCUCAAGUGCAGCGCUUGCCUCUCCUUGACCAUGUCAAAAUGUGGAUGUUCUUUUUAUCGCUGGGGCUCUGUCUUGGAUACUGGAUCUCGUGGGUAUUCACACGGAGAGCGCCGAGGGCUUCUGGGGCGAUGAAUCUGGCCAUGAGAGUCGCUGCGGCUGAGGUUGGGCGCGUUGUGUUUGGCCAUGUCAACGAAGUGGCCAUGUUCUGGGCGAGUGUUGUGAGCUCGUAUGGGGGAUUCUGGGAAUACGUACUCCUGCUGGCGAUGCUGGUCAUGUUGGUUGGGCAUUACGGUGAGAUGUACAUUGUGAGACAAGAGCCAGCUGAAGAUGAUCCCCACGGAGACGGAGACGGAGACGGAGAUGUUUCGGAAGACUCGAGCGAGGAUGGUUUCUUUUCGCUAGAUGAUUUCUAUGCCGUCGGGGGUGCUCUUGAGGAGGAAACAUCGGGACCGGAAUCAGAGUCAGAUUCAGAGGAUGUUGUUGCCAGGGCCGCGUGA